AUGGAUGAAUUUUACGGUAGUCUUCAUUCAACGCCCGGUGAUUACGCCAACAAGGUCCUAAUGUCUCCGGACAAUCUGAUGAUACCGGCGGAUUACCAGAGCCUGCUUUGCUCCGGCGUCGAUCACCACCGCUUCCCGAUGUUCGGAUCGGAGGAGCUGAUGUCGGCCGCCUCCGCGAUAUCGGAAUCCGCCUCCAUCACGCCUAAUGAGAUUCAAAUAGGCCGCCGCGACGACGACGGCGAUAUGUCGUCUACUGUAAUGAAGGGCAAAAUCGCUUCUCAUCCUUCGUAUCCGAAACUUCUCGAAGCUUACAUCGAUUGCCAGAAGGUCGGAGCGCCACCGGAGAUGUCGUGCCUGUUAGAUGAAAUCCAGCGAGAGAACGUGGUGGUCGGUAAUCGAGAUGCUAUUUCCACGUGCUUAGGAGCUGAUCCCGAGCUGGACGAGUUUAUGGAAACCUACCGUGAUAUGUUGGUGAAGUACAAAUCGGAUCUCUCAAGGCCUUUCGAUGAAGCCACCACGUUCUUCAACAACAUCGAAAUGCAACUCGACGAUCUCUGCAAAGGUGCUUCCACAAGAAGCGUCAAUAUCGAUGGUAUAUCAUCAGAUGAGGAAUAUAGCGGAGGAGAAAUCGAAAUGCAAGAGGCGCAAACAAGAGCCGAAGACCGCGAACUUAAAGAUAGGCUCUUACGUAAAUAUGGUAGUCACAUUAGUAGCUUGAAGCUCGUAUUUUCGAAGAAGAAGAAGAAAGGAAAGCUGCCCAGAGAGGCAAGGCAAAUCCUACUGGAGUGGUGGAAUGUGCACUACAAAUGGCCUUACCCGACUGAAGCCGAUAAAAUAUCACUGGCCGAAUCAACCGGGCUAGAUCAGAAGCAAAUUAACAACUGGUUUAUCAAUCAAAGAAAGCGGCACUGGAAGCCAUCGGAGAACAUGCAAUUAGCUGUCAUGAAUAAUCUUUCUGGACAUUUCUUUACAGAUGACUGAGGGGGCAUGUAUAUAUUCUGAAAUGUAUCCAAACAUUGAUUCUGAGCAUGCUCCAUGUAUAUUUUAAAUUUAGCCUUUGCU